GCUCCAGCGCUAUGGACAUCCGAAGAAGGGCUACCCAAAGGGAAAUGGAACAAGGGAUGCAGGAGAUGCAGUUAGCCCAAAAACGAAUGGAAGAAGAAAGUAAACAAAGGGGUGAAGAGGCCAUAGAAGAUGGAAGGAUAGAAGAAAGGGAUGAAGCAGCUAGUAGUUUAGAGGAUGAGGCGAAGAAAGGUGAAGGUGUUUUGGUUUUGAGUAGUGCCACUCCUGACCAACCACAGGGUCAGCCUGUCUCCCUCCGUCCAGCAGUUCCAGCAACUCCGCCGCCUUCACAGCCACCUCAGAGCUUUUCGAAGAGUGCAUCGGCAUCAGAAAGGCCGACUCCAGCUUUGACGGCAAGGCAAAGUGAAGAGAAGAGGGCAGGAGAGGGUGGAAACCAGGGUUUAGAAGGGGAAGAAAGGGUUCAAGAUCCUAGUGUGAGAGGCUUCGCCAGUUCCUCUCCCAAUGGCUUAGCUGCAACCCCUCAAGAUGUGAAGAAAUCAGAAUUUGAAAUGGCCUAUACUCCUCUUUUUACUCCUGAACAAGUCCAGCAAAUGACCCAGCUUCAGCAGCGAACUCCAUGGCUGUAUGGCAUGACAGGGACGGGAUUCACGCCGUCGAUCCCGAGACCAGGGUUCUUGGAAUCUGAAGAAAGAAGGUUCAACGAAGAGCUUUUGGAAAGGGAUAGGCAGUUGGCGAUGUUGCAGAAUAGAAUGGUUGUAGAACAAAGUGAAAGAGAAGAGAUCAAACGACUUUUGGUCUCUGUCCUGAAUGAGAAUCAGAAGUUGAAAGAAAGGAUUCUAGCUGUAGAAUCACAACCUGCAGAACCUGAGGCGCGUUUUGCAACUCCAGAUAGCAUCUCCAAGGACGGAAGUGGUCAAGCUGAGCGAAGUUUUGGCAUAGAAACCACUCGUUUGCAAGGGAUGAACCUGGAGAAGGUUUUCGGUAAGGAGGCUGCAAGACCCCCAAAAGAGGCUGUGAGACCCCCAAGGAUCGAAAGUUCAAAUGGUGAUUGUGGCGAAGCUUGGAAGAAAGGUGAAAGAUUUGUGGAUGGGCCCAGAGGCCAACAAGAAAGAAGUCGAGAAGAAGACUUCAACUCAAAGACUAUGGAAUUCAUGUUCCUGAUGAUGCAGUCGAUGAGAGACCUGCAGCAGAAGAUCAGCGAUGGAAAGAAUGAUGAAGGAGCGGUGAUGGGAGUGGAGGUGGUUCGCUCGGGUGCUCCAGAUUUGCCCGAUCUGAUGCCUUGGACGUCUGGGACUGGGCCACUUGAACUUGGUGAUUGGAUGUUGCUCUUGAAUCCCAUCAUCUCUGACCUCACCACCUCUUCUCAAGAGUGGUGGGAAAUCAUGACACAGGAGGUGGAAGCUUGGUAUCAGCGGCAUGUUUCAUUGAGCCCCCUUGAUCGACUGAAUCAUGGCUUUGCUGCCCCUGCUUCUCUACAACAACCUCGUUGGCAGCGAUUGGAAAGGCGGGUUUCAACUAUGAUCAUGAAGGCCAUCCCAGAAUCUUGUUGCGAAGAACUGGUGGCAGCGAGAAGAAUGGAUGUUUUUGGUGUGCUCACAUACUUGUUCACAACUUACUCACCAGGUGGUGUAGCAGAGAAACAGACCCUGCUCAAAAGCUUGGAGGACCCGGCAGAAAUCACUUCAGUUCAAGAAGCACCUGGAGCGAUCCGCAAAUGGAUGAGAUGGCGCCGUCGUGCCAAAGAAGUCGGCGCUGUGGAGCCGGACCCAGCUUUGUUGCUCAAGGGCCUCAACAAGAUGACCCGUCGGGUGCUCGAAUCGCAUCGCGACAUCCAGUUCCGUGUCUCUCUUGUCCGGAACACCCUGUCGGUGGACACAACUCCAACUUCAUCUUCGGUGGACCAACUUGCUGCACAUCUUCUUGCUGAACUUGAACAAUGUGCGAUGACUGACAAGAGAUCAAUAACCACAACGGCGAAGAAGGAGGUAGAACUUCCGAAGCUGAAGAACAUGGAGGCAGAGGAAGAGAAGGUUGGAGGCAAGAAAGAAUCUGAAGAAGCAGCGGCAUCGACACAAGAUUCCGCUAUGAAAGACUUGAUAGAUGAGGACUCAGAAGGAAAAGAAGAUUUGAUGGAAAGACUUCAACAGCAGUUGAACUCCCUGAGGCAGAAACAAAAAGUUCUCAGGCUUCAAAAGAUGGCGACAGGAGAUCAAGCUGGUCUCAUUGACUCUGGUGCGACACAUCCUCUUCGACCACAGAAAAACGGAGAGGUGACAGCUGGCUUCCCAGUCGUGGGAGUCUCUUUGGCAGAUGGAAGAAGGAUUCAAUUGAAGAUGUCACCUGGAGGAGCGAUGAUCUCUCCUGACCCAAUGGUGGAACCGAUAGUUCCGAUGGGCCCCCUUGCAGAAGUUCUUGGGUGCGAGAUUGCAUGGAAGGAUGGAAAGCUCUCCAUACGACAUCCACUACGAGGUGAUUUGAAAGUUUCGCAGCACAAUGGCUGCCCUCAAGUCAGUCGUCAACUGGCUUUGGACCUGAUCUCAGAAUUGGAAGAUGCAAAUCAAGGUUUGAAGAGAGGUCUUGAGAUGAGCGAUGAAUUUGAAUGGCUGCAAGCCAUGGUCAAAGCCCAUCCUGUUCUCGCUCAACUACCUGAUCACAUCAAAGAGCGACUUGCAGUGCAACCAGGUGAUUGGAAUGGUCUUCCUUGCAAUCGGAGAUGGAGGAGGGCUAUGCAAAGAGAUGGACUGCUUUUACAUCUCUACGCUGGAGAAGAUUCAGGCUUCACGUUUGGAAAGGCCUGGAAACAGUGUGGGGGAGAAGAAAGAAUUUUGUUGGAAGUAGAUGUUAAAAGAGGGAGCCAACAUGACAUGAUUCCUGACGACGGCAUCUACGCGUCUUUGAUCACUGCAGCCAUCCAGGGCAAGAUCUUGGGAAUUGCGGGCGGGCCAAACUGCCGCUCUCGCAGUGUCUUGAGGCACUAUGAGAUUCCUGGAUGUGAUACUGCACCUCGGCCUGUCAGAGCAUGGAAAGGAGAGGAGUAUGGGAAGAAAGAUUUGAGUGAAAAAGAGAAGAAAAUGGUGGAAGAGGAUGACAUCCUUUUGUGGCGUCAAAUUUUUCUUUUCAUGAUUGCAACAUAUGCUCGACGAGCUCGAGGGCAUGAUCAUCCACUGGCUUUUGUGCUUGAGCAGCCAUCUUCACCACGAGAGUACAAGCCUGAAGUUGUCUCAUUUUGGGAUCAAUGGGAAUGGCAUGAAAUUAAAAAGGAGUUUGAGUUGAAGGAGACGCACUUCACACAAAAGAGCUUGGGUGGGGAAGCCACGAAACCCACCACUUUGGGAACUUCACUUGAUUUGGUUCCAGAAGAUUUUCAAAUCAAAGGUCCUGUUUGUCCUGGGGGAGUUCGAUCGUCAAAAGAUCUUGCUCGGUGGCCACCUGGUCUGAUGCGGAUGUUAGCUGUGGCCAUCAAAGAACAGACCAUGCAAUCACAUGCAAGGAUUGCUCCUAUGUCUUGGGAGGAUCACAUCAGAUUUGGCCACGUUCCCUAUCGCAAAGACUGCAAGACAUGUCAGGAAACCCUUCAACAACAAGAACCUCAUCGCCGAGCCCGGCAUCUUCAAACUGGCACUUUGUCUCUGGAUGUGGCUGGAGAAGAACCAGCUAUAGAAGAAGCUAGAGAAGCAGAAGCGGAAGAAAAAGAGGAGGCAGAAGUGCAGGUCGAAGAAGGCGAGGCUCCAAGAAUCGCCAAAGUUUUGAUGAAACAGACUUCAGAGCCUGUACAACAUGGUGUUUGGGUUGGCCUUGAAACCCAAAUUUUGGAUGAUCUUUCAACACGAAGAAGGCUGAGGGAGAAAACAACAGUGAGAAGAUUGGAUGCGUCGAUGGAAGCACAAGAAGAGGAGGAGACAGAGAAGUGGAAGGUCAAAGCUAGAAUCAGAAGAAUCAUCGAAGAAGAGAUGAGAGCGAUGGUUGAAGAUGAUGAGGAAACAGCCAUGGAUGAGAUGGCUGUGAUUGGUAGACUGCGCAAAGCUGUGGAAAGUAUGGAAGACUCCGAGGAGAUCCUGCAGACCAAGAUCAUCUCACCGAAAGAAGUUUGGGAGCAUUGGGAAGAAUGGGAAGAGGAUCAAUCCAACUACAUCCUGGUCGCUCCUCCUACCAUCUUUGUCAAGAAAGGCUGCUUGCGACCUGGAACACUUUACAGGCCAAAAAGAGCGGUCUAUGGGUUGAGAAGAUCUCCAAGAUUGUGGGGACUUUGCAGAGAUAGCGAGAUGAGAAGUUUGGAAGUAGAAGUAGAAAAGAAAGAAGGAGGAAAGAUCAAGCUGCAGUUGAGGCAGCUGGAUUCUGAGCCAAACCUUUGGCGUCUGGAAGAAGUUGGAAAAGAAGAAGGAAGCGAGCCAAGCAUUCAGUAUGGCUUGGUCAUGACCUAUGUAGACGACAUUUUCAUCACUGGCCCCCCUGAAGUCACCAGAGCGGUGGCACAGAAGUUCCAAGCGACUUGGACCACGUCAGAACCAGAAGUCGUGGGGGAGGAAGCCAUUCGCUUCCUUGGCAUGGAAGUGUCAACCUCAAAGAAUGCCGAAGGUCGAGAUGUUUGGCAUGUCACCCAAGAAUCCUUUGUCAAGGACCUGGUGAAACGGCAGGCCAAAGAAGUUCAGCCAAAGAAGAUCCCAAUCACUCGGGACCAAGCUCUGAUGACUUUGGACCCAAGUCCACCAACUUUGGAGAAAGUCAGAAAAUGUCAGAAAGUGGUAGGUGAACUGCUUUGGGUUCUGACGCGAACUCGUCCGGACCUCAUGUACAGCAUCUCAAGGCUGGGCUCCAACGUCACAAAAGCCACCAGCUCAGUUCUUGAGGCAGCUGAUCAAGUUCAAGGAUACCUUCUGAAAACUUGUGCAGAAGGGCUCCGCUACCAAGAUGAUGAGAAAGAACCAAUCAAGAUACAAGUUUUCUCAGAUGUCAGCUAUGCCCCCAACGAUGAAGAAUCUUUUGGAUGUUUCAUCAUCACCUUGAAUCGAGCUCCGAUUUUUUGGAGAGCCGGCCGCCAACAUUUGGUGACAUUGUCAACUGCAGAGGCCGAAUUGGCCGAACUGGUGGAGGCCAUGACCGCCGGUGAGUCUGUGGCAGCCAUUGUGGAUGAGCUGAUUGGAUAUGUGCCACGUGGAGCCUUCACUGACUCCCAGUCUGCAUUGGCGAUCAUCACAACGGAUGGAGGCAACUGGCGCACGAGACACCUUAGAACUCGGGCGUCUUACGCUCGACAGACUGUGCUGUCUGGGCGAUGGGUGAUACACCAUUCCCCGGGCGAAUUUUUGACCGCCGACAUCGGCACCAAACCUUUGUCUUCGAAACGUUUGGAGACGCUUCGAGAGAUGAUGAUGAUGGGAAGUCCACCAAAGAAAGAGGAGAUCAAACAGGAGGAGAAAGAUGAAGAACAGAAAGAAAAAGGUGAGACGCUGGCCAAAGCCAUCAAGGUCAGCGACGACAUGAUUCGUUUGGUUACCACAAUUGCCAUUUUGGCAGUGGCUAGAGGAGAUUCAGAAGAUGAAGAAGAAGAAGGAGGGUAUCAAGCCCUUCAAUCCAUGUUGGCAGUUUUUGCCAUCUUAAUGGUGCUGCUGACGCUCUUCGUCCAAUGGCUUUGGAAGGUUGGAGUACAGAUUGCAAGGCGUCAGAAUCUUUCGCCUGAAGCCCAGUCCGCCUCCAGCCGCGGGAGAGAGGUGGUGAGUCAGACGAUGUACCACCUCGACGACCCCGCCAAGGGCCCACCGAGAUGGUGGAGAGAAAGAAUCGAAAAUGAGCUGCAGAACAUCGAGGCCGAAGUCGCAGAGAUUAGAGAAAGGUUGCGCAUCACUCCACCGGAGGAUGAACCAGAUGCAGAAGGUGGCUAUGGCUAUGAGGCCCCUUUUCCGGAUGAUGUCGACCUGGACACCUACUUUCAAUACGUCAACGAAGGUGGAGGCUGCAAGGAUUAUCAGGGCAUCAAGACCGGGGGCUGGAAAUUCACGGGCUCUGGCUGCGUGGAUGGCGCUUGUCCUGGUUCUGAUGCUCCUCUCUUUGGUCAACCAGAUGGCCGAACAGAUGUGGAAGGUUGCUGCUGGUGGGGCCGCGGGGUGAUCCAAACAACUGGCACCUGUAGCAUGGCGAGGUUGAAUUUCUACAUGGGCAAGCGAGCAGCCGACGAGGGACGUAAAAAUCCCAACUCCAUCUGCGAUCCGAACAGUCCAGCUGAACUGAAGUGGGUGGCCGGUAUGUUUUACUGGCUCAAUGCAGUGCAACCCUACAAUUCUGGUGGCUGGAACUACAUCAGUGAACUGAAGAAGUGGGUGGACAAUGGCAUGAACACCGGCGAUAGCUCCUUCAUCAACGGUGCCUCUGGCAUCGUGAACCGCGGCUGUCACAACCCGCCGAACUGCGGAACCGGAGAGUUGCACGCUGGAGUGACCUCGGCUGCAGGUGGGGUGGGUGGAUCGCAAGUGAGCCAUUGUUUUAUAGCAUUGUUAGCAUUGUUGGAUGGGAAUACAAUGUGA